AGGGAGAAAACUUGUGCCAUAAAAUAUAGUCUCAUUAUUAUCCUCUCCCAGGUCGGUGUAGGUCUCGUCGACCUACACCGGAAAGGUUUUUGCCACCCGUGGAGGACAUCCUGCUGCGAGGAAUUUGACAUAAUUGGCACUACGGCCUGAAGAAUUUGGUGGACGUCAUUCCGGUAAAAUGUCAAACCUUUGAUGAUACAAAACCCAUGUCCAUCGCCGUGUGUCGUCCACUGGGAAGUAGGAGCAGGAGAGAGUGCGAGAUAUUAUUGGACAGCGGCCUCUUCAGGAGCGGCUGAAUAUAAAGGGAAUUGCGAAUCUCAACAUCUCUCUCAAUCCUUUAUUCAAAGUCAGAACAGCAGUGUGCAAAAUAUAGUACGACUGCUGCUGUAUAAGUGAAAUACAGUAAUAUUAAAUAAGUGGAGUGAAGAAACAGUCUUCGUAUUAAGUGGGUUGUGGUGGUGUGUGGGUCUGGUUGGUGCGAAUAAAUGUGCUUCAGUUAUCAACAACAGUUGUAGCUUGGCAGGAUCACCUAGUUUAAAACUCAAAUAAUAAAAUAACAAUAAACAUUCAGAGAUGAAAAUUCCCACGGGGGACUGAUGGACAAAGUUUUGUUGGACAAUUAACUCUGCUAAUAGAGGAGGAGGAAGAAGAACGAGGGUAAAAAAUAUUUCGGAUUUGGUGGAGGAUUUAGAGGACCCAUGACCCCUGGCCCCACACCCACAACUUCUUCAACAACUGCAUCGUUACUGCACCCCACUCAGCCUAGUGAUCCUGCAGUGAACACGAUGGCCUUAGCAUUUCAAGACGUGUUGAACGACGCGAAGAAGUUGACUAAUCGUUUAAACGAACAUGAUUCCACGGCGGAUGCUUUAGUGUCGCAAAUGCAGGCAGUCUAUCAACAAGUAGAGGCGAUGAAGCAGUAUCACGAGGACAUAUCCCAAUUGAACGACCUGGCCUCGGAACGACCUCGUAUAGCUCUGGUUGCUGGGAUUCAACAGGAAAGUAAACACAUAACGGAUUUGCAACAGGAAAAUAGAGAGCUUCGAAUUGCAUUGGAAGAGCAGCAGAAUGCCGUCGACAUGAUCAUGUCCAAGUACCGUGAACACGUGUCCAAAUUGAUGGAGUGCAAGCGACUUGAUGAACAACUGCUCAAUACAAUGGACACCAAUAACAAGGCGUUGGAAUCAAACGCGGAGAAAAUGAAUGAAAUGAAAUUCAUUAUGCGACAAGCUAUUAGUAUGGACGAAGAAUCACUAGCCAAGGAAGAAGGUCUUCUGUCCAGAUUGUGGGCCGAGAACAAGGGACUCCGAGAAAUGUUGGAGAUUUCUAGAAAGUAUGGAUCGUAUGGGAAUAAUAUCUUAAGUCAUGGAACUGAAGAUAAAGAAGUUCAAACCUCCUCCUGACCCGUCAAGCCCUUGUAAUUUAAUUACUCAACUCCUCCCUCCCUAUUAAGUGUUGUAUUUUUUCCAGCAUCGUCAACUACUUAGUGGAAAAUAAGAAGAGCUGCAUGAAUGAUAAUUUCAAGUAACAUUUUACUAUGCCACAGCAUACGAGAGUAUGUUGUGUUGAUUAGUUAGUUGGAUAUAUUUACGUAUAUUUGUUUUUUUGCGGGUUUCGGUUGGCAUCAUCGGUAGCUGUAUGAUAUUAUAUAAUAAGCGAACAAACAAAUCCACCAACUAUUAUUAUUACCAGUACUACUGUCCAUCAUCCGUAAAUUCAAAUUUUUAUAUAUGUACGACACGCAUUUUUAGAGCUAACAACUAGACAAUUAAUUACAAUAACUAGUGGGUAGGUGAUACAUAGUAUUAUGAAUGUAUUUAUGAUGAGUCGUCGGUGCCAUCGAUGAUUUUAUUGGUUGCUUAAGACUAAUUACACAAGACCUUACCCAAUUAUUUUACUUUCACUAUUUAUAAUGUUCAUGCCAGGGUGCAUGGGUCACCACUUAGUUCUCGCCAUGUUUGAUUGUGAAAUAAUAAUUUAUCUAUUAUAAUGGUGGUUGGGUGCGCAGGGUGGGAGUACAAGCUGCUAAUCAAUCAGUAGAAUUGGUCAAUCGGUUAUCUUCUUUUGCCACAAUUUAGUUACAUAGGAAGCAAGACGGUUGCACACAGAUUAUGCUCUCCAUCUCCUACCUUAUAUUAAGUCGAAACGGAAUGAAAGCUGGUUAUGAUGAUAAUGUACAAGAUUAACAAAAUGUAAUCGUAAGCUUCGUCUCGUCGUCGCAAUCAUCAAGUCGUUCUAAGAAAGACAAAACAAAAUUAGUUUUUAUAACAAAUUAGUCUCAUAAGUAAAUAAGGGUAACAAAGUGUUCAUGGUCUAUUUAAAAACACAUUUUCUCGGAAUUGGCAUUUAUUAAUUAUUUAGACUCAUUUAAUUGGACUAAUAGACGGAAUCCGGAAAUAAUAAAUUACAAUAAUUAAAAUAUUGA